AUGACGACCACCAUUACCCGUUUCCUUCUCUCACGCCGGUCGUCCGCCGCCUGCCGCCCGGCGUCGCUCCGAGGCCUCGAUCUCUUCGCGCCUCCCCGCCUCUUUAGCUCGUCUCGCAAAAUGCCGCCGCAGCAGUCGUCUCUCUUAUCGCCGCUGCCCAUGCACCACACCAUCAUCUCGACGCCACCGCUCUCGGCCACCCUCAAGAGCCCGACAGAGACAUGCCACAUUGACAUUGGCACGCCGAGCUUGCUCGCCGCGACCACCGAGGUCAAGCCGUUGCCACGGGAGGGCCUACCUCGCUGGCCAGGUCUCCGGACGCCGACGGGGUUUCUCCGGAGCCUCGAUUGGUUUGGCACGAUUGUGUUUGCGACCAGCGGAUCGCUCACCGCGGCCAUGUGCGGCGCCGACCUUCUUGGGUCCAUCAUCAUUGGCACCAUCACGGCCGUCGGCGGCGGCACGCUCCGCGAUGCGCUCGUGCUCAACAAGCAGCCGUUCUGGGUCGAAGAGUGGGAGUACCUCGUCAUGAGCGCCCUCGCCGCGACCACCGCCUUUUACUUUUGGGGCGACAUGCGACCGGGCCAAGAGAUCGUGCCGGGCUCGGGCCUCACGCUCAAGUCGGCCGACGGCGGCGAAGGCACGGCCAUGGAGUGGGGCGAUGCCGUCGGUGUCGGCGCGUUCGCGGUCAUUGGCGCCAUGAACGGCAUCCGUGCGUCGUCACCGAUGCUCGUGAGCGCGCUCUGCGGCAUGAUGACGUCGACCUUUGGCGGCUUGACGCGCGACACCUUGCUCGGUCGACCGGUGCGCAUUUUGCACUCGUACUCGGACGUGUAUGCGACGGUCGCGUUCUCAAGUGCGUGCUUGUACCUCGCGCUGCGCAAGGCCGCGCCGCGCUACCAAGGCUGCCGCAUCUUUGCAGCGAUCUGCCUCGCGGUGUUCCUCCGCGAACAAGCGUGGACGCACGGGUGGCGCCUCCCGUUCUGGGCCGCCAACUCGCAGCGCGUCAUGAUGACGUCGAGCGACCCGCGCGCGAAUGGGACGUCGCGGGCGUAA